AUGAAUGAGAUCUCUUCUCUUGUCCAUUUGCGAGCUUUGAUUUUGAACGACAAUGAAAUCUCCUCCAUUUGCAAGCUAGUGCUCUCUAGGAACCCUAUCACUGAGAUUGGUGACUCCCUUUCAAAGCUGAAGAACCUCUCAAAAAUAUCUUUGUCUGACUGCAGAAUAAAAGCUAUUGGCUUUUCUCUCAAGUCUUGCUCCGAUUUGAAAGAGCUACGACUCGCCAACAAUGAAAUUCAGAUGAUUUAUCUUCUCCAUAGAUUACAGAUCACACCAGUCUGUUCCAAAAUCUUUUGUUUAUGUUGGUAG